AGAAAGCAACACACGGCUAAUGCGCUCAUCCCCACCACAGCUCAAGCACAAACUCACACUUGCACCCCUCGAAAAGCUAACAUAUCUGCAGUUGGAAGGAUAUUUCGACAUGCUCUCCAUAAAAAAUCCUUUACCUUUGGAGGGAUUUUAAGCCUCCACAAAUUCUUCAUCCUGAGGACACCCCAGUAGCUCUAGAGAUUUCUGAAUUAUUGAGAAGGAUCUUGUGAGCAGAUCCAACUGAGUAAAAGCCUUUCUUCUCAAAAUGCCAGAUUCUUUUGUCUUCCUCGCACGUCGAAUUCUAACGGAAUUUUAAGAAUGCUAUCGACUUAAUCCUGAAAGAAACGUUGUAUUUAUAAACAAAUUUAGCUAAAAAACAAUUUUUUUUUUUUUGCAGAGAAGGAUGGAGACAGAGGCCCAGCCCAAAAGGGAGAGGGAAAAACCAAAAGCACACGCUUACGUUGAACAGUUAAUUUUGGCGUCAACAUUGCAAGGACCAAUGCGAACGUAAGGAAAUUUUCAUCGAUUACGCCUCUCGCAGUUCUAUCCAACUGCAUUAGUGCAAUAUCAGGCCCAGGCUGUGCUGCUGUUUUCUUACUUCACCUGCGUAUUUUCGUUGGGAUACAUGGAUAUUCUAGAGAAUUAGGGUUCUAUACUGCGGCUAACUCUGUGCAACAAUGGUCGAGAGAAGGAGGAAACCUCUGGUUCUCUCUUCAACCAAAUUCCUCGUUGAUUCUGUACUCAGCUCGUCCACUCUUUGUGAAGGGGUCCGACUCCCCGGAGAUGAUGUGUCGCCGAGUUUGCUAUUACCAGCGGGAAUUCUGCGAUUUUCGAAGGCCAAUAUCGGCGUUUCAGAUUCUAAACUAACUUCUCUUGACGAUUCUGCUUUGGUUGGGCUUUCGAUUGCUGUUCUCAAACGAUUGGCUGUAACUUCUGGUUCGCUGGUGCUUAUCAAGAAUAUUGAAACAAAUGUACAGAGGAUUGCCCAGGUUGUCAUUCUAGAUCCCCCCAGGACCCAUGGACAUGCAUCUGGUGAUAAAGGACCAGUUUCUCAUUCUCCAAACACAAUGCUUGUCUUUCCUUCAUAUAGACUUCCUUCAGAUGACCCUCCAUUAUUGGACCAAGAUAUUGCAUAUCUCUCUCCUCUAUUAGCGUUUAACCUUGACUUACAUGUAUCUUGUUUGAAAUCACUUGUCCACCAAGGGAAUGAGACCUUAGCAGCACUUUUUGACAGUAAGGUGGAUGAUAAGACUACUAGAGAAGUUAGUGAUGGUUCUUUAAUCACUUUAGGAUUGGAACCCUUGGCUCAACUGCCAAGAUAUGCCUCACACUUGAGAGUUUCUUUUGUUAAGAUACCAGAAUGUGGUACUCUGGAAUCUUUGAAAGGAAGUUCAUCAGUUGAAGCCGAAGAUCGCCAAGAAUUGAUUGAUUUGGCAUUACACAACUAUUUUGAAGUUGAUAGAUACCUAGCAAGAGGUGAUAUUUUCAACAUCUGCAUAAAUUGGAAUUGCAAUUCAGUUAUUUGCAUUCCUUGCAGCCAAAGGUCACAAAAUAGAAAUAAUAACCUUAUCUACUUCAAGGUAGUGGCUAUGGAGCCAUCCGAUGAAACCAUUCUUCGAGUGAAUCACACUAAAACAGCCCUAGUUCUUGGGGGGGCUGUUCCUUCUGCUCUUCCCCCAGAUCUGUUGAUUGAUGGAGCCAAAGGUUUUUCCCCUUUCCAAGUAGACACAGCAAAAACUUUGGCCUCCAUACUUGCACCACCUUUGUGCCCAUCAGCGCUUUCUUCAAAAUUCAGAGUUUCUGUCCUACUAUAUGGUCCAGAAGGAUGUGGAAAGAGGACAGUAGUUAGAUACAUUUCCUGUCGCUUGGGCCUUCAUGUUGUGGAAUUCAGCUGUCAUAAUCUUAUGACAUCCUCUGACAGGAAUACAUCUAUUGCACUCGCUCAAGCUUUCAACACGGCUCAAAGAUAUUCACCCACAAUUCUUCUUCUACACCAUUUUGAUGUCUUCCGAAAUUUGAAUUCGCUAGAUGGUUCACCAAAUGAUCAAGUUGGUCUCACCUCAGAAGUUGCUUCAGUUCUUAGGGAAUUCACUGAACCAGGUGCUGAAGAUGAUUACAAUUACUCCAACGGAAAAUUAAAUGGUGAUCUUCCGGUCAAGGAUACUGGAAAAAUAAGGAGGCAUCAGGUGCUGUUAGUUGCAACUGCUGAGAGUUCUGAGGGCCUGCCUCCAACUGUAAGACGUUGCUUCAGCCAUGAAAUAAGUAUGGGUCCUCUGACUGAAGAACAAAGGGUUGAAAUGUUGUCUCAGUUACUGCAAAGUGGUUCUGAGCUCCUAUCUAAUAUUGGAUUGGAGGAUGCUGUGAAGGACAUAGUGGGACAGACAUCUGGCUUCAUGCCACGUGAUUUGCGUGCUUUAGUUGCCGAUGCUGGUGCAAUCUUAAUCUCAAAGUGCAAUAUUCAAGUUGAUGAAGCUAAGCUCGAGGACACGGGUAGUUCUCUUGGAGCCAAAGCAGCGCAGGACCAGGAAACAUGCAAUGAUAUACCUCAGGUUAUGGGGAAAGAAUAUUUGCCGAGAGCCUUGGAGCGGUCUAAGAAGAGGAAUGCAUUGGCAUUGGGUACUCCAAAGGUUCCUAAUGUGAAAUGGGAAGAUGUUGGUGGGCUAGAGGAGGUGAAGAAAUCAAUUUUGGAUACUGUUCAGUUACCUCUCCUGCAUAAGGAUUUGUUUUCAUCUGGGUUGCGCAAGCGCUCUGGUGUUCUGCUAUACGGUCCUCCGGGGACAGGAAAGACUUUACUUGCAAAAGCUGUAGCAACAGAGUGUUCCUUAAAUUUUCUAAGUGUAAAAGGGCCUGAAUUGAUCAACAUGUACAUAGGAGAAUCAGAGAAAAAUGUCCGUGACAUUUUCCAGAAGGCAAGAUCAGCACGCCCCUGUGUAAUAUUCUUUGAUGAACUUGAUUCUCUUGCUCCAGCUCGUGGUGCCUCAGGAGAUUCUGGUGGUGUUAUGGACAGAGUAGUUUCUCAGAUGCUUGCAGAGAUAGAUGGCCUAAAUGAUUCUACACAAGACCUAUUUAUCAUAGGGGCAAGCAACAGACCAGAUCUAAUUGAUCCAGCACUUCUUCGGCCUGGCCGAUUUGAUAAGCUGCUAUAUGUUGGAGUUAACUCUGAUGCAUCUUACAGGGAGCGGGUCCUUAAGGCACUUACCCGUAAGUUCACAUUGCACCAAGAUGUCUCUCUUUACUCAAUAGCAAAGAAAUGCCCUCCAAACUUCACUGGUGCAGACAUGUAUGCUUUAUGUGCAGAUGCUUGGUUUCAUGCUGCAAAGCGCAAGGUUUUGAGUUCUGAGUCAGAGUCUUCUUCCCAAGUCCAUCAAGCUGAUUCAGUGGUUGUUGAAUAUGACGACUUUAUAAAGGUAUUGGGUGAGCUGUCUCCUUCCCUUUCAAUGGCAGAGCUUAAGAAGUAUGAGUUGCUGCGAGAUCAGUUUGAAGGGGCACCAAAAUAAAUUCAUGGUGAGUGGCUAUAAGAUUCUGUACCAUAUCACAAUGGCGGUCCGAGGUCUGUAUGCAUUUGUGCGCUAUGUGAAGCAGAACGAUUUUUGGUUUGAUUAUUUGGGUACAAGAAAAUUAUACGUGUGAUACACACGCUGACUAAAGAACUCCAUACAGUGUGUUUCCACUGGUUUAUGUUGCCCAGGAUUUGUAAUCUUAAAUGGGACCGCUGCUUAACAUGCUUACCGUAAUACAGCUUGGAUUGGGUUGUCGGUCCCAAGAAUUCUCACCCAUGUGUACUUUUUGGAAUGCCAUGCUGAAUACUGAAUGGUGGUUUCAACUUGAAUACAAACGUUGAUUGUGAAA